GAAGAACUGCAGUGCCGCGCUCACUGCGUACAGUGCGGAUUAUGGAAAGGAUUUGACUUUGGAGAGAUUAUAGAACAGACAAAAGAAAUUCGACCCAGACCCAAACCACUGCCGAACUGAAGCGGACCGUCUCCGCGCAGCUCAAGGUUUUGCAGACAUGAGUCAGUUGAGGUCCCUGGUUGGUGCUUUGAGAAGCAGUAGCCAAUGGAUGAGGGGGCAUACGGGUUCAGGGAGGCGAGUUUUUGACCCACGACGUAACUGUUCGACCGGGACUGCUGAGCCCUCAUUGGCGGCCUGCAGCUCCAGCUAUGUCGUGGAGAUGUACUACGCUUGGCUGGAGGAUCACAAAAAUGUUCAUGAGUCUUGGGAUGCAUACUUCCGUAAUGCCCAAGCCAGCAGUCUAGAGGAAACCGGAGAAAAGCGUCUGUCCACGCUGCUCCAAGGGCGAGGAAUGUCCCAGACGCCUGCCAUGUCACAAAAGGUGGUGGAGGAUCAUUUGGCAGUACACACUCUUAUCAGAUCCUAUCAGGUACGUGGCCACCAUGUGGCCCGACUGGACCCUCUUGGCAUCCUUACUGCUGAUCUGGAUUCCUUCAUUCCCUCAGAUUUGAUCACGUCCAUUGACAAGCUGGGGUCCUAUGGCUUGGAAGAAUCUGAUCUGGAUAAAACAUUUCAGUUGCCACUAACCACAUUCAUUGGGGGAAAUGAAAGCACACUCCCGCUGAGAGAAAUCAUUCACAGGCUUGAGACAUCUUACUGUGGUCAUAUUGGGGUGGAAUUCAUGUUUAUCAACAAUAUGGAGCAAUGCCAGUGGAUCCGGCAGAAUUUUGAAUCUCCAGGAAUCAUGACAUUUUCUGGCAGAGAGAAGAGAACCCUGCUAGCCAGGCUUGUUCGCUCAACACGGUUUGAGGACUUUCUUGCUCGCAAAUGGUCUUCAGAGAAGCGCUUUGGUUUGGAAGGCUGUGAGGUCCUCAUCCCUGCCCUGAAGAUGAUCAUUGAUAAGUCCAGUGAAGCUGGUAUAGAAAGUGUUAUUAUGGGCAUGCCUCACAGGGGUCGCCUUAACGUCUUGGCUAAUGUAGUCCGCAAAGAACUGGAUCAGAUUUUCUGCCAGUUUGAUUCCAAACUUGAGGCUGCAGAUGAGGGUUCUGGAGAUGUGAAAUAUCAUUUGGGGAUGUACCAUGAACGGAUCAACAGGGAAACAGAUAAGAAUAUCACACUGUCUCUGAUGGCUAACCCCUCUCACCUAGAGGCAGUAGACCCUGUUGUUCAGGGCAAGACCAAGGCAGAGCAGUUCUACAGAGGAGACACUGAAGGGAGAAGGGUGAUGUCCAUUCUCAUGCAUGGUGAGGCUGCAUUUGCGGGUCAGGGAGUCGUCUAUGAAACCUUUCACCUCAGCGAACUCCCUUCAUAUACCACCCAUGGCACCAUCCACAUUGUGGUCAAUAAUCAGAUUGGAUUCACUACAGAUCCCCGAAUGGCACGUUCCUCCCACUACCCAACAGAUGUGGCUCGUGUGGUCAAUGCACCCAUCUUCCAUGUCAACGCUGAUGAUCCAGAGGCUGUGAUGUAUGUGUGCAGGGUUGCUGUAGAAUGGAGGAAUACAUUCAACAAGGAUGUAGUGAUAGACUUGGUGUGUUACCGGCGGUUUGGGCACAAUGAGAUGGAUGAGCCCAUGUUUACUCAACCACUAAUGUACAAGCAGAUCCACAAACAAGAACAUGUGCUGAAGAAGUACGCAGACAAGCUCAUCUCUCAGGGAGUGGUGACACUGCAAGAGUUUGAGGAGGAAGUUGCUAAAUAUGACAAGAUCUGUGAGGAGGCAUACACCAGUUCAAAGGAUGAGAAGAUCCUACACAUCCGCCACUGGCUUGACUCACCAUGGCCAGACUUCUUCACACCAGAUGGAGAGCCAAGGAGCAUGAGCUGCCCUCCCACUGGACUAAAUGAAGAGAUGCUUAAGCACAUUGGUGAGGUAGCCAGUUCAGUCCCUCUAAAGGAUUUCGCCAUUCAUAGUGGCUUGUCCCGUAUCCUUCGUGGCCGAGCUGAUAUGGUUGCUAAACGCACAGUGGACUGGGCCUUGGCAGAGUACAUGGCCUUUGGCUCUUUGCUGAAGGAUGGUAUUCACGUGAGACUCAGUGGACAAGAUGUGGAAAGAGGAACAUUUAGUCACCGUCACCAUGUGUUGCAUGAUCAAGAAGUCGAUAAGCGCUUCUGUGUUCCAAUGAACCAUCUGUGGCAGAACCAGGCUCUCUACACAGUAUGCAACAGCUCACUGUCUGAGUAUGGGGUUUUGGGUUUUGAGCUUGGUUUUGCCAUGGCUAGUCCGAAUGCCCUGGUGUGCUGGGAGGCUCAGUUUGGUGACUUCCACAACACAGCCCAGUGCAUCAUAGACCAGUUCAUCUGUGCAGGCCAGGCAAAGUGGGUCCGCCACAAUGGCAUUGUUUUAUUGUUGCCCCAUGGAAUGGAGGGAAUGGGUCCUGAGCACUCGUCAGCACGGCCUGAGCGCUUCCUGCAGAUGAGCAAGGACGACCCUGAUCGCUAUCCGGAAUUCACCGGAGACUUUGAGGUCCAACAGCUCUAUGACUGUAACUGGAUUGUGGUCAAUUGCUCGACACCUGCCAGCUACUUUCAUGUGUUAAGAAGGCAAAUUUUGUUACCAUUCAGGAAGCCAUUGAUCAUUUUUACACCAAAGUCUUUACUGAGGCUGCCAGAGGCCCGCUCCAGUUUUGAUGAGAUGAACACAGGAACAAAAUUCCAAAGGAUAUUUCCAGAUGAUGGUCCUGCAUCUAAACAUCCAGGAAAGGUCAAAAGGGUCAUCUUUUGCACUGGAAAAGUCUACUAUGAGCUGGCAAAAGAGAGAAAACAGCUGAACUUGGAGGAGGAUGUUGCAAUUGUCAGACUGGAACAGAUAUCACCAUUCCCUUUUGACCUCAUCAAGGCAGAGCUUAAGAAGUAUAGCAAUGCUGAACUCAUUUGGUGUCAAGAAGAGCAUAAGAACAUGGGCUACUAUGACUAUGUCAGACCACGCUUCCACACAGUGCUGUCUAACAAGAAUCCAAUAUGGUAUGUUGGCCGUGACCCUGCUGCAGCCCCUGCCACAGGCAACAAGUUCACUCAUCUGACUGAACUAAAGAGGUUCUUGGACACUGCUUUUAACCUUGAUGCAUUCAAGGGCAGGAGUUUUUGAUGCUUUGUUGUCAAAUAUUAAAAUAGUACAUAGAAAUGAUCAUAUAUGAUGGAUGUCUCGCUAUCAACGCACAAUAUUGUAUAUUUUAAGUUUUAAUAAAGCUUCCAUGUUGCCAAUUAUAAUAAAGCACAUUCAAACAUAUAGAACAGGACAGCAGAUAACAAUACAUGUACUGUUUUGUGUCAUUUGGUGUCAUAAUCACUUAUAGCUGAAUAAAAGUGUAGAUAUGCACCAGAAAUUAUUUAUUUGUGAUGUUAAGUAAUCCCUGUUAUUAUAUUUAUAUAUUUAUUUGUCUUCCUUAACUGUCACACUUGGCUUCAUCCUGAGACAUCAAACAGAUGGCAUGUAGACAAGUAACAAUAUUCUCUGUGGCAGGGAAAUAUUCUCAAUAGCUUCCACAAAAUAUGCUUCCUUUUUAGAUUUUAUGUUUCUUUUGGAAUUUAAGAGUUGUGGGAAAGAGAACUUCUAAAAUGUAAACACUUUGAAAUUAUAUGCACAAUUUUUUGUGAACUGCUGCAAUAUAUUUCAGUAUAAAUAUUAGCAUUCCACAUAGCACAACUUAAAGGAAUAUUUAACUCAAAUUGAAUAUUCUCUUAUCAUUUGCUCACCCCCAUGCCAUCCCAGAUGUGUAUGACUGUCUUUCUUCUGCAGAACACAAAUUAAUAGUAAUAAAAGGACUUAAAUAUUGAUCUGUUUCCCACCCACACUUAUCAUAUCGGUUCAAAGGACAUGAAUUUAGAAGAUAUUCUUCUAAAAAUCUUAAUUUGUGUUCAGUAGAAGAAAGACAGUCAUACACAUCUGAGAUGGCAUGAGGGUGAGUAAAUGAGAGAAUUUUCAUUUAUGAGUGAACUAUUCCUUUAAGCUGAAUUUAAUAACACUGAAACUAAACAUUGUUUUUAUUUGCACAUUGUCUUAAUACAUAUAAUGUUCAUUAUAUGGCUGCUUUAACAUAGCUGAACCUUUAUUGCAACAUAGGAUGGUCUAAACAGCUGUAAACUGGAUUUUACUUGAAUAUUGCAUGCUAUAAUUCAUACUUUUAGACAAUUGCAUAGUGAAUUUAAAGUUUUGAAUGUCACAUAAUUUAAAGGGCAGAAUAUUUAAGAUGUAGUUUUAGCACUUUCUAGAGAUUACAUAUUUCUCCUCGAGUUACAUAGCCUUUAUGAAAUUGUAAAUUUUUCCCUUCAUAAUUGAUUAAUUGUGAUAAUUGUUAUACAUUUCUUGGCAAUAAUGGAAUAAACCGUG